CACGAACUAUAAGUUCCGCAAUGCAGCGCGGUUGGUCGUAUGGUGAUGACGUAUUCUUCGCGCGUCUCCCCUGCCUGGAUCGAGACAUCAGCAGCAGAGCUCAUCGCCAGGCUCACGGCAUCCACCGCUAAUGUCUCAACCACCGCAGCAGACUGUGCCCUCCGCCCCAGACUCCCCGGCCCUGGUGGUCACCUCCAACGUGCAGAAAUAUGCCAUCAAGAAGAAGAAGGUGCUGAGUGCUGAGGACACGGAGCUGUUUGAGCUGACCCAGGCUGCAGGCAUCACUGUCGACCAGGAGGUCUUCAAGUUCAUAGUGGACCUGUUGAAAAUGAACGUGGCUCCUCAAGCAGUCUUCCAGACUCUGAAGGCCAUGUGUGCGGGUCAGAGAGUGGCCGACAGCUGCGGCGGAGAGUCCGCUUCAGCUCCCUCCCACUCCACCAUUACCACAGCACCCACAGAGGCCAGAGAAGAGGACACUUUGGUCUCUGGAAAGAGCCCUAAGCUUCCUGCCGCUCCCCCCUCAGCGUCUGGCCUCAGAGCCACAAGGGUCAACACUAAGAUUGUGGUCUACGGCCCCCAAGACUCUAGCUCUUCUCACUCUCAAGUGCGCAGUAAAGCCGGAGCGAGCCACAGUGAGAAGAGCAGAGAGGCCUCCACCCAGAGAGUGCAGCGGCAGCCCAGCGCCACCAGAGGGCAGAAGACCAAGAGCUCCGGCAGCAGCAGUUCCUCCUCUCAGAUAAAUUCAACAUAAGACUCAGGUCCACGUGAGAUCAUUUGUAAAUAUGUUCUUUUCUUUGUGUUUAACUUAUCUUUAUUUUUUACUGUGUGACCUGUUUAAAGGGUUGGUUUACCUCAACCACAGAAAAGCUGGUUUAUUUGCCUCUGCCAUAAUUCAAUGGAGCUGAACAGAAUUGUAAGAAAUUUAAGAAAUUAAAACAUUUUUAUUACAUUUGAUUACUCUGGUUAAUCCACAAAUCUCUGUAUGAACAUUUAUUUUUCUGGUUCGACAUAGUUCCAAUGAAAACUCUUCACAGUGAGGUCUGUGAACAGCCACAGACAUCUGAAAACCUUGAAAAAUGUUAAAUGACUUGAGUGUUAAAUGAGAAAACAUGGAACAUUUUGGGUAAACUCACCCUUUAAAAUUCUAACAUAAUAAGAAAUAAAGUCCUGAGUGUCUCUCACUCAUUCUUAUUCUGGCUGGUGCUACUGUAAGUGAGUCGAGCCUUUUGUCGCCUUGUAGCAUUGAACAGACUUAAAGAAAGAAAGACAUUUGUUUUACAGAAAAAUCUUAAUGUUGCUAUUCAAUGUGCAGCUUUUUAUGAAAUGAUUAAUCUUUAAUAAAUCCAAUAACUGGUAAAC